AUGUUCUUCUGUGCAAUUUCUGGAUCUCCCCCUACGAACCCAGUCGUCUCCAAGACGUCGGGGACCGUCUACGAGAAGGCACUAAUCGAGCGGUACAUUGAGGAGAAUGGCACCGACCCGAUCUCAGGCGAGGCCUUGACAAAGGAUGAUCUUGUGGAGGUCAAGGCUAAGCCUUCGACACUUCCUCCUCGGGCGGCUACGCAGACGUCUAUCCCCGCCCUUCUGACCGCCCUUCAGGGCGAGUACGAUUCUAUCAUGCUGGAGUCGCUCGAGAUCAAGAAGGCGUUCCAGGCUCAGCGGGCAGAACUCGCCAACGCUCUGUACCGCGAGGAUGCGGCGACACGCGUGAUUGCGCGUCUAAUGGCUGAGCGUGACGAGGCGAGGAGCGCGCUGCAGUCCAUUCAAGCAACGAUUGGAGUUGCGCCGACGACAAAUGCGGGUGACGACGUUGAGAUGGAGGCGGAGCCAUCGGGGCCGCUUCCACCAUCCGUGGAGGAGAAGAUUAUGGAGACGAACGCGGCGCUCUUCGCAAUGCGCAAGAAGCGCAAGCCCGCACCAGGGUACGCCAAUGCGGAGGCGGUCAAAGGGUACACCGAGACCAAGUCUUUGGGGUCAAUGCACGGCACUAAGCCGCCAGGAGUGACGGCCCUUGACUUGGCGAGCGACGGAAAGACCAUUGUGACGGGCGGCAACGAUAAGGUUGUGCAAGUGUACGACCUUGAGAGCGAUAAGGUCAUCGGCACGCUGAAGGGACACACGAAGGCGGUCACACACGUCGCGUUCCGCGAGAAGGAGGGCGAGUCGCUGCUCGCUGUUUCGAGUGCUGCGGACAAGACUGUGCGGUUCUGGGGCGACAAGGAUGGCAAGUGGGCCGCGCACGGCAGCAUCACUGCGCACAAGGGUGACGUGACCGGCCUGGCAGUACACCCGAGUGGGCUCUAUGUGUCGUCGGCGUCUACGGACGGUACUUGGGCGCUGCACGACAUUGGCACGGCCAAGACUAUUGCGACGUACGGCCCCGCCGAGGGCGUUGAGGGCGGGUUCUCCUACACCUCUUUCGCGACGCAUCCCGACGGCGUCCUCGCCGCUGGCGGUACCAAGGAUGGCAUUGUGCGCGUCUGGGAUGCACGAUCGAACUCGGCGCCCCAGGCCAAUCUCGACUCGCACCCGGGCAAGGCGCUGUCGAGUGUUGCUUUCUCCGAAAAUGGCUACUAUCUGGCGACCGGCUCCGCGGCUGACAACAAUGUCAACGUGUUUGACCUGCGCAAGCUCAAACUCUUCUCCAGCUGGCAGUUGCCGAGUGAGAACGUGGUUACCGAGGUUCGUUUCGACCCAUCGGCCCAGUUCCUUUCCGUCGCCGGCACCGACCUGCGCGUCUAUGCCAACAAAUCUUGGGACGAGCUGCUCAAGUUCGACGACAACAACGCCAAUAUCACUGCUGCGCGUUUCGGCAAGCUCGGCAGCGAGAUUGUGCUAGCUGGUCUUGACCGCACCGUGCGCGUCCUCGGCGCUGCGGCCUAGUUUGUAGAAGAGAUGUAGAUCCCAUGUUCACUUGCCUGCCCUUGCCGCCGCCUGAAGUGUCGCAUCCGUGCUAUGUACAGCUUACAAUUCGGUC